AUGGCGGAUAGAAAGUCAGCAUCGACGGAUGCAGGCCCAGUGAAAAAGAGCAUGAAACCCGCUACAUCCGGACCAACUAUAGUUGGAUUGAUGGCGUCUAAGCGACUGACAAGCAAACUCACGUCUAAGCUCGGUAAAGACAGAAGAUCUUCAUCAAUAGCUGCAAGUAAUGUCCAUGUCGAAAAGGAGCCGACUUACCGAAUGGAGCCCAACAAGAAAUUCAGCUCUGUAAAGGCACGACAAAUCCUAGAGGAUGUCUUAUCGUCUAGGUUAGAGAGAUACAGAUAUAAUUCUAAGUUUGCUAGAAACAUGGCCAAGGUGUUAAGUGACGAAAUUAAAGACCAGAUGAAAGCGCUGCAUUACGAUCGUUACAAGUAUAUCUGUGUUGUUUAUAUUGGAGAGGUCAAAGACCAAGCAAUGGAGCUCACAAGCAGAUGCGCAUGGGACAAUAAAUACGAUAAUUCAGCGACAUAUACGUACCAAGGAUCAUUCCAAGGAAAAGCCUGGUUUUGCAACGCGUCUGUGUUCGGAGUUUACAGAGAAUAA